AUGAGUUCACUAACUCUCUCUCAUGAGUGAGAAAAUAUUUUUUUGGUGCAUUCUUUUUAUUGAAACGCUUUAAUAGUGAUAUAUUUACUUGGAAACAUUUAUUUUAAAAUUAUUUCCUUGUUAGAAAUUUAAUCGAAAUUUAAUAGUUUUUCCUAGCAAAUAUAUCUUAGUAUCAAAAUAUUUUUCGAUCAAAUUUACCAGGAAAUGCCAUGCUAUCAAAACAUUCCAAUAAACGACAAUUGCCAAAUUUGUUGCAGAUACUAUUUUUAUCAAAAUUGGAAAUUAAAUAGUAAUUUAAUAAUAUGCUACUUGAUUAAAGAGGCAAGUUUUACCCAAAAAUGUAUGAUUUUGAUAAGCUACUCACUCACAGACAGGAAAGAGUAAGAGAAGACAAACGAAGCAAAUACCUUGAUAAAAAAUCGUCACAAAGCAGCGAUGUUGAAGUUGACGACCAUCUACAACAAAUGCAGCAAGGAGCCUCCAAUAUUUUAGUCGCUGUCAGGGCUAGACCACUUACCAAAAAGGAGCAAGAAGUCGACGAUCAUCAGAUCGUUCAAGUUCUUGACAACAAUGUUAUUGUGCUGCUUGACCCUUCAGACUGACAAAAUAUCCCUGAAGAAGCUUUUCGGCAGAACCGAACCAGGGAAAAGCAAUAUGCCUUUGAUUAUGCAUUUAAUCAGAACGCAUCACAGGACUCAAUUUUUGAAAAAACUACAAAAUUCCUGAUAGAUGGAGUUCUAAACGGCUUCAAUGCUACUGUUUUUGCAUAUGGCCCUACUGGAGCUGGAAAAACUUAUACAAUGAUAGGAGAAGUAGACGGACCUGGAUUAAUGCUCAAAACCUUUUUGGAAAUUUUCAGCAAGAUUGAAGAGAUGUCAGGAGAAAGAGACUAUACAGUCAAAUUGAGCUAUUUGGAGAUUUAUAACGAAAUUGUGAGGGAUCUGAUUAACCCCAGUAUGGAGACGUUAGAAAUUAGGGAAGAUCCUAUAAAAGGGGUUGUAAUAGCAGGGCUGACUGAAAUUAUGGCAACUUCUCCAGAGCAUGUGAUUACUAGCAUAAGAAACGGGAAUAGAAGGAGGACUCAGGAGCCAACACAAGCCAAUGAAACUUCAAGCAGAUCACAUGCUGUUCUGCAAAUCAUCGCAGAGCACAGAGAUAAAGCCUCUGGAGUUGAAGCAGAGGUACUUGUAGGAAAAUUAAAUCUUAUUGAUUUAGCUGGAUCGGAAAGGGCUGCAAACACAAAAAAUAGGGGCUUAAGACUUAUUGAAGGAGCAAAUAUAAAUAGAUCGCUUUUAGCUCUAGGAAACUGCAUCAAUGCCUUAUGUGAAAUGAAUGAAAAAAAUACCAAAGUUUAUGUCCCAUACAGAGAUUCAAAAUUAACUAGGCUGCUUAAAGACUCCUUAGGUGGCAACUGCAGAACUGUAAUGAUUGCUUGCAUUUCUCCAUUUGCUGGAUCCUUUGAGGAUACUUAUAACACAUUACUUUAUGCAAACAGGGCAAAACACAUUAAGACGACGUCUCAAAGAAACGUCGUGAACGUCCAAUAUCAUAUAGCCAGAUAUACAUCUAUUAUCUCACAGCUAAGGCAAGAGAUUUUAGAUUUAAGAGAUCAAUUAAAUAAUAGAAGAAACCUACCUUCAGUAAAUGUUGAAAAAUACCAAAUUGAACUGAAAAAUCACUUUCAAGAAGAAGCCAGAACGAAAAAAGCGAUCUAUCAGGCUGAGCAGAGUAUUGAUCAGCUUAAAACUAUCCUUGCACAGAGAAAUUCUGAACUUUUACAGGCUGCAAGUGACAAGGGAGAAGACUCUGUUCAAUAUUCUAGUGUAAAAGAUGAGAUUAAGCUGUUAAAUAACGCUAUAAAUGAUCAUAUAGACUCAGCUGAAAGAGAAAACCAGAAGCUUGAGCAGCUAGAAAAGAAAAGAAAAGUCCUUGAAGCCAGCUGGAUGAAGCUGGGAGUCCCUGAUGCUCAGCUUGCUCAACUUCAAUGUGAGAUGAAGGACCAUAUUUUAGACUUGAAUAGUCUAGAAAUAAAGAGAAACGAAGAAAGACAUAACGACUUGAUUAAGCAGAAAGACCAUCUGAUACAGAAUUUAGAAGACCAGCUGAAAAUCAGAGACUCUAUUAUAGAUGAAGCCCAAGUCAUAUUUAAAAACCAGUCAAUAACUCUCCCAGAGCCAAUCCUCAGAGGGUUUAAGGAGCUGAAACCAAUUGAUCAGAUCACAUCCGAAGUAGCUAUAAACUUACCACAAAUAAGCUCCCCAAAAAUGACUAAGGUAGAAGGCUAUAGCAAUAAAUCUUAUACAGUUUUGCCUGAAAUUUCGCCUUCAAAGAUCCCAAAACCACGGGCAAAUGUGCUUAAUUUUCCUAAUCCUUUAGUCUCAAAAAAUCGCAUGCAGAAAAGUAUGAGUGUUAAUAGACUCCUUCCUCAUAAAAAAUAUGUCCCCAAUAAGAAAAAGCAAAGCGUCUCAAUAGAGAAGCCACCAGGUGGGUUAAAGAGAAAAGUUGUUGAAAGGCUAGCAACAGGAUCUGAUGGUGGGUUUUCAACUUCUUCUCGAAACAGCGCCAAAAACUCAAAGUUAUCUCCUCAGAAAAUCGCUGAUAAAUUCAAUUCAAGCCCAUAUAUUAUCGGCUUGUCGCCGAGAAAUAAAGAAAAAGAAAGGAUAAAAAAAGAGAGAGCAGCACCUGGGCUGAUUAGUUUAAGAAAUUAA